AUGAAGACUAUGACUCUGAUCUCGAGAUCUUUGAACAAAGAAAUCAGCAAAGUAUAAAGUUCGAAGAUGUUAGUUUAACAAUUAAAGGAAUAACAAUUGCAGUUUAAAGAACAAUUGCUCCAACAUAUAUAAAACAAAGAUUACGAUUGUAACUUCAUAUCCCCAACACCAUAUCCAAUGGAUCAGACCAUAAACGAAAAGAAUUAAAAUGCACUCAACCUUCUAUUAUUGAAUAAAAGUCAAGACCUGGUUAGUGACCGUUCAUAGCCAUCCUCAAUUAAUUGUCUUCCAACUAAAACAAGCAAGACAAAUUUAAAGGGGAACUAUAUGUUCAAGUAAAGCUACUUACCUAAAUCUCCAUAAACCAAAGUGCUUAAUGGGACUACCACAAAAUCCAAUCGUAAUAAGAAUAGCAGUAAUCUAAAUAAUAAUAAAUCACCUUCCAAUGUUUCUACUUGUGAACAAUAAUCAGCAAGAACUCCAGAACAACCAAAACACAAUGUUGCCAUAUUGUCACCUUCUUCUUAUAACUCAUGGCUAAAGAAAGAAUUUGAGAGCAAAUCAAAAUAAUAUAAUUUGUCUUCUUUCAUUCAUAAAUCAACUCAAAAAGAAAAAAAGGUUGGAAUUAAUCAGAUAAUGAAAACAGAAGAAAAUGUGAAAAAUAAUAAAUUAAAAGUAAAGAAGUCAGAAAAUAAGGUACCUGCUUAGAAACCAAGAAAUGGUUUUGAUCAAUGGUAUGACUCAUAAAAAUAAUGGUUGAGACAAACUGAGGAGAAAAUAUUCAAAUAAAAGAUGUAAAUGGAGUAGGAAUUAAGUGAGUAAGAACAGUUUAGUUAUGUUCCUGAAAUUCAUGAUGGUUCUAGGUAUAUUGUGUAGAAGAAAUAUAAUAAUGCCAGUUUAUUAGAAAGGCAGAAAUUAUAUCAAGAUGAAGUAUAAUAAAAACAAUUUCAAAAGAAAUUAAGAGAGGAGGAGGAUAAGAAGAUUAAUUAAGUUAGAAUAAGUCCGUUGUCAAGAAAAUUACUAAGGAGUGCAUCUCCUAAAUCUGAUUGUUCUUUCACAAUUUGCAACUCAUCCAAUUAAAAUUAUUCAACCAUAAUAAAAAAAUGA